UGCUGUAUAUACCACCAGUACAGAGGAGGAGGAUGCUGCUGCUGCUCACUGACCUUCAGCUUUCCCUCUAGGUGACACUAGUCGGUGCUGUCUUCCGUGACGUCACUAGAGGACGUGCCGAGUUAAAGCUCCACGAGAGAGAGAAAGAGAGGGGGCAGCUGGAGUGAAGCAGAGGGAUCGGAGGAGGAAGGCUGAUCACUGGCAGGACCGGCUACAGGCAGUCGGAGUAGAGCAUCAUGGGAGGGGCGGUUGUGGACGACAAUCCAAGUACGGUAAAGGCCCCCGAUGGCGGCUGGAGCUGGGCUGUGCUCUUCGGAUGUUUUGUCGUCACCGGGUUCUCCUACGCCUUCCCCAAGGCAGUCAGUGUCUUUUUUAAGGAACUUAUCAGAGAAUUUGGGAUCGGAUACAGUGACACAGCCUGGAUUUCUUCCAUCUUACUCGCUAUGUUAUAUGGAACAGGUCCCAUAUGCAGCAUCUGUGUGAACCGCUUUGGGUGUCGGCCGGUAAUGAUGGUUGGCGGUCUGUUUGCCUCGCUCGGGAUGGUGUGUGCGUCAUUCUGUACAAGUAUCAUCACCAUAUACCUCACUGCUGGAGUCAUCACAGGUUUGGGCCUGGCUUUGAAUUUCCAGCCUUCACUCAUCAUGUUAAACAGAUACUUUGACAAACGCCGUCCACUGGCCAAUGGCCUUGCUGCAGCUGGAAGCCCCGUCUUCCUCUGUUGCCUGUCCCCAUUGGGGCAGAUCCUCCAGCAUGAGUUUGGGUGGCGCGGUGGCUUUCUUAUCCUCGGGGGUCUUCUUCUGAACUGCUGUGCCUGUGGCGCACUAAUGAGGCCUUUGGAACCAUCAAAGGAAGAGAAAAUAAAAAUGAAAGAAAAAGAGAAAGAGGAGAGCAAAGAUUUAAAAAAAAAACCACCAAAAAAGCUUCUGGACUUUUCAGUGUUCAAAGACCGUGGCUUCGUCAUCUACACAAUCGCGGCCUCCAUCAUGGUUUUGGGGCUUUUUGUGCCGCCCGUUUUUAUGGUCAGCUAUGCGAAAGACCUCGGCAUAGAAGACACAAAGGCAGCGUUUCUCCUCAGCAUCCUUGGAUUUGUCGACAUAUUUGCUAGACCUACCUGUGGUAUCAUUGCGGGUCUCAAAUGGGUGCGGCCGCGCUGCGUCUAUCUCUUUGGCUUCGCCAUGCUCUUUAAUGGCGUUACUGAUUUGAUCUGCUCUAUGGCCGAUACCUACGGGGGCUUGGUGGUCUUCUGCAUCUUCUUUGGAAUCUCGUAUGGGAUGGUCGGUGCGCUGCAGUUUGAAGUCCUCAUGACCAUUGUCGGCACGCAAAGGUUCUCCAGCGCUAUUGGAUUGGUGCUCCUGGCAGAGGCUAUAGCAGUUCUCAUUGGACCUCCCUCAGCAGGAAAGAUUUUGGAUUUCACCCACAGAUACAUGUUUGUGUUUCUCAUUGCCGGCGUCGAAGUGGUCUUAUCAGCCAUAGUCCUGACUACCGGCAAUUUCUUCUGCAUCAAGAAAAAACCUGAAGAGCCGCAUUGCAAAGAAGAGGUCGCAGAAAUCGGAGAACUCCGUAAACUUGAAGACAAGGCGGCGCCCGAGGGCGAAGGCGAGAAGCCACAGGCGGCCGAAGCGGAACAGUUCUUGAAAGAGGACGAUAAACAGAACGGCGAGGUGGUGACAAAUCCCGAGACGUGUGUGUGAAGAACAAAAGAGACGUUUACUAAAUGAUAUUUCUAGGAUUAGUGUUAGGGCUGUGCCAAUUAUCUAUCACCUUCCAGCUAUUCGGGAGCCAAGCAUACAUGAUACCACCCAAGGGCAAGAAGUCUCUCGCUCUACAAUGAUUAAAUGGUCCUUAUUCUUCAUAAUGGAUGUCCGUUACCUGUCAAGGCUUUGGCACGUGUUUGGGUUGACACAUUUUAGAUUGUAAUUUUUUAACUUUUUUUUUUUAAUCUGUUGUAAAUUCUUACAGUCCUGAUUGUUAUAUAUUGUUUAUUUAUGAACUUUAUAAACUGUUUUUUUGUUUUAUUGA